AUGAGCACAUCCAGUUUGCAGGAGCUCCAAGCAAGGGUGCUGGAGAUUUUCUGGGCUCGUUAUCAUUGUUUAGUACCGAUUGUUACUCGAGAUGACUUUGCGGAUCAUGAGCCUGGUGGAAGGCUGGGGCCUUUGCAAGAGGCUUUGAUCGCGUACUGUCUACAAUCAAUAUAUUACUCUGGAUUGCACCACCGUCUCUUGGGUGUCCGUCUGGGACUGACGGAGACCGAGGAUCGCCCAGCUGGGAAACAGCAAAGCCCAGUGGUGACGCUAUUCGUCGCUUCUUUCCAGAAGGCCCUGGCUGCAAACAAUCAUUAUCUCCUUUAUGCCGAACCAUCCUUGCGGGAUAUCCAACGCCACAUUCUCAUGGCCUUAUUUCUGUUGAACUCCGGGGAAUUUUUGGCCGCGUAUAACAUCACCGGCGUUGCUAUUCGACUUGCGCAAUCGCUUAGUCUACAGCGUCCACCAGAGCCCCACGUCUCUAUCCAAGAGGCAGAGAUACGUGGGCGUAUAUGGUGGAUGUUAGUUCAUCUCGACUUUCAUUGCUCACGAUAUCUGGGUAAACCCAUGAUCGCCUGCCUAAGAGAGACCACCGUUGCUCUUCCGAAUCCUACGUCCGGUUCAGAAUUGUCUUCUUCGGAGCCAGCGUUUUACUCAGCAUCUAUCCUGUUGACAGUAGAGGCCAAGAAAACUGCUGAAUCCAUGGCGGUCCGCCAAGAUGCAAUGUGUGGGAAUGAUCGGGGUAGAACGCUUGAACUAUGUGCGGAGUAUCUGUCCCAAGAAAUCACUCGUGUAUAUCAAUGGAGAGAUCAGAUGUUGUGUACAGAGCCAUUCACAUACAUGAAGCUGGCCUGUAGGACCUACAACCCACAGACACGCGGUGUCACGGACGGACCGAACAGCGAUAGUGAUGCACAUAUAUAUCACCAAUCACCCGUCCAUACCCUACAACAAACCCUGCUGGAGCUUCAAUAUCAUGAUGUUGUCAUUUGGUUUCACCAAUCGUUCAUUCAGUUUCCAAGUCGUGGCUUGGUCCCUCAACGCAGCCCGAGAGCGGAUAUCCACGCAACGACGGCUCUCCAAUAUGCUCUAACCGUCACAGAUUUAAUUCACUCGCGCAUGCUGAAUCAUGAUGCUCUAUACGGAUGCUCCGAUGUCUACCAAUACGUAUGGAAUGCGGCCCUGACUCUCAUCGGUUUUAUGUUGGCUUAUCCUUUGUGUCACUGGUUUCCCAUCGCUCGGCAACAUCUUGAGAUAUCACUGCAAAUUUUCGAAGCGGGAAAGAUUUCAAAUCCGAUUGCAUGUCGGGCAGCCCGUCUCACGGAAUAUCUGCUUGGCCGAGUCACUGUCCUUAUGGAAUUGCUGAACUCGCAACCACCUCUGAACGACCACAAUGGCCCUGCGACCACGGGCUAUCGAGGACCGGAAACCCGGGAUCCGGUGGAGUAUGAGAAGCAAUUCACUAACCCUCUAUUGCACGACUCCGGAUGUGAUGCCCUGUGGUCCUGGGCUGAUAUGGUGGACCCUCAAACCUGGGACGGGUAUUGCGAUGAAAUCAUUGAUGUGCUAACGGAUCUCCCGGAGAUUCCCUGA